AUGUGUCAGAUGGUGGAGUACUCGUUGGACCUGCAGAACAUCAACCUUUCAGCCAUUAGGACAGUCAGGGUCCUCAGACCCCUCAAAGCCAUCAACAGAGUACCCAGUAUGCGUAUCCUGGUGAAUCUCCUCCUGGACACACUGCCCAUGCUGGGAAACGUCCUCCUGCUUUGUUUCUUCGUCUUCUUCAUCUUUGGCAUCAUCGGAGUGCAGCUGUGGGCGGGAUUACUGAGGAACCGAUGCUACCUCGAGGAAAACUUCACCCUUUCGUCAGGUCUGACCCUACCCGCUCCUUACUACCAGCCGGAGGAGGAUGACGAGCGCCCCUUCAUCUGCUCUCUGGCCCAGGAUAACGGGAUCAUGUCGUGUGGUGACGUCCCGGCCCGGAGGGAGGGGGGAAGGACCUGCUGUCUGGACAGGGAGGAUGCCUACCACCGCCAGUCCCUGGGGCUCAUCCCUGAACCACUAGUCAACAGUUCAGCCAGUGCAGUGGGUCUCUGUAUCAACUGGAACCAGUACUAUACUAGAUGCCAUACUGGACAUAAUAAUCCACACAAGGGGGCGAUCAACUUCGAUAACAUCGUAUAUGCCUGGAUUGUUAUCUUCCAGGUGAUCACCCUGGAAGGCUGGGUAGAGAUCAUGUACUAUGUAAUGGAUGCUCACUCCUUCUACAACUUCAUCUACUUCAUCUUCCUCAUCAUCAUUGGCUCGUUCUUCAUGAUCAACCUCUGUCUGGUGGUCAUCGCCACCCAGUUCAGUGAGACCAAGCAGCGGGAGCACCAGCUGAUGCAGGAGCAGCGGGCCCAGUGCCUGUCCUCCUCUACCCUGGCCAGCCUGCAUGAACCGGGGGACUGCUACGAAGAGCUCUUCCAGCUGGUCUGCCACAUGCUGCGCAAGGCCCGCAGGAGGUCUGUAGCCCUGUAUAACCAACUGAGAGGAAGGCCUCUGCCACCACCGCCCACUAGAGGGAGAGGAAGAGGAGGAGGAAGAGGAGCAGGGAGUGCGAACGGAGGGGAAAGGAAUCACCUGAGGCAGCCACGCCAAUCUCCCUGUCCUCACCAAAACAAGCUGGACCCAGUCCACAGCUCCCAACCCCUGGGCAACUCCAUCGCCCUGGCCGUCCCUCAAAACACAGAGGACUGCCCUCAGUGCGCUGCGGCACUGUCACUCAGGGAGGGGGCGGGAGCUGUGGGCGACUCGGCCAAUGGGGAGGAGGAGGAGGGGGCUGUGGAGGAGACGGACAGGGAGGAGAACCACUUGGAGGAGAAAGUGGAAGAGGGGGAGGGAGUGAAGAAGAAGAGGAAGAGGAGGUCGUGUUUUGGACACUGUAAGGACAUGUGGGAUGAGAUGAGGAAGAAACUUUGGGGCAUCGUGGAGAGCAAAUACUUCAAUAGAGGAAUCAUGAUCGCUAUUCUCAUCAAUACUAUCAGCAUGGGGAUAGAACAUCACAACCAGCCGGAGGAGCUGACUAACGUGUUGGAGAUCAGUAACAUUGUGUUCACCAGUAUGUUCACCCUGGAAAUGAUCCUCAAGCUGACCGCCUUUGGCUUCUUCGCCUACCUGAGGAACCCCUACAACAUCUUUGACGGCAUCAUCGUCAUCAUCAGUGUGUGUGAGAUCAUAGGUCAGUCUGAUGGAGGUCUGUCUGUCCUGAGGACCUUCAGACUGUUGAGGGUGAUCAAGCUGGUGCGCUUCAUGCCAGCGCUACGCAGACAGUUGGUGGUGCUGAUGAAGACCAUGGACAACGUGGCCACCUUCUGCAUGCUCCUCAUGCUUUUCAUAUUCAUCUUCAGUAUCCUGGGGAUGCACAUCUUUGGCUGUAAGUUCAGUCUGAAGACAGACACUGGAGACACUGUUCCUGACAGGAAGAACUUUGACUCUCUACUGUGGGCCAUUGUCACUGUGUUUCAGAUUCUGACUCAGGAAGACUGGAACAUGGUGCUGUAUAAUGGAAUGGCCUCCACCUCUCCCUGUGCUGCUCUCUACUUUGUGGCUCUAAUGACCUUUGGCAACUACGUCCUCUUCAACCUGCUGGUGGCCAUCUUGGUAGAGGGCUUUCAGGCUGAGGGGGAUGCCAACCGGUCGUACUCCGAAGACGACAGGUCCUCAUGUAACUUUGACGAGAACUCUGACAAGCUGAAGGACUCUCUUCAUCUCUCUGACCCUAAGAUCUGCACCCUAACCCCCAACGGUCACCUGGACCUGUCCCCAACGCCCACGGGUCUGUACACGGCCGACAGGCUCACUUUCGCUCUGGGCUCACGCAAAAACAGUGUCAUCUCUCUGGGCAGGGCUAACCUGGAGGGCAGGGCUAACCUGGAGGGCAGGGCUCUGUGUCGGGGGAGCAGCUCCCUGUACCACAACUGGGGCCGCCCUGCCUCCCAGACCCAGGCAAUGUGGUGCCGGCGGUCCAGCUGGAAUAGCCUGGGUCGCCCCUCCCGAGCCUUGGGCCUGGGAUUGGGGGUAGGAGGAGGGGGUAGCCUGCGCUCCCGCAGCCCCCACGCCACCCACCCGGCCGAGCAGGAGUCCCUCCUCUCCCCCCCUCACCCUCCUCCACACCUCGCCCACCCUCCUCCCCUCCUGGCCCUAAACUUUGUCCCGCGGCGGGACCGCCGAGCGCUGUCCUUGGAGCUGCCGGAGCUCCUCCAGGUCCCGGGGACCCCCCUGGCGUCAAUGCUGCCUUACCCCAGGAAGAAGAGCUUCUCCAGUGGGUUGGUUGGUGCAGGGGCUGGGGGGGAGCACCAGGACUGCAAUGGGAAGGCCCCACCAGCCCAGCUCCAGCUUCAACUUCAGCUACCGCCACAUCCACAUCCACAUCCACAGCUACUGACAGAGGUGUUCCCUCAGGUCAACACACGCAAGGACAGAGAGGACCUGGACGAUGACAUUGACUAUAGUCUGUGUUUCCGUAUCCAGAAGAUGAUGGAGGUGUACAGGCCAGAGUGGUGUGAGACCAGAGAGGACUGGUCUGUCUUCCUCUUCUCUCCUCAGAACAGGUUCAGGCGGGUAUGCCAGUCCAUCAUAGCCUACAAGAUGUUUGACUAUGUGGUGCUAGCGUUCAUCUUCUCCAACUGCAUCACCGUGGCUCUGGAGAGACCCAAGAUCAUGCAGGGCAGCCUGGAAAGAGUCUUCCUAACCAUCUCCAACUACGUCUUCACAGCCAUCUUUGUAGCAGAGAUGACGCUCAAGGUGGUGUCUAUGGGCCUGUAUAUAGGGGAACAGGCAUAUCUGAAAAGCAGCUGGAACGUGUUGGACGGCUUCCUGGUCUUUGUGUCGUUGAUUGACAUUGUGGUGUCAAUGGCGGGCGGGGCUAAGAUUCUGGGGGUGCUGAGAGUUCUCAGAUUGCUCCGCACACUGCGCCCCCUCAGGGUGAUCAGUCGAGCCCCAGGUCUGAAGCUGGUAGUGGAGACUCUAAUAACGUCUCUGAAACCUAUAGGAAACAUUGUCCUUAUCUGCUGUGCUUUCUUCAUCAUAUUUGGUAUCCUGGGGGUGCAGCUGUUCAAAGGGAAGUUCUUCUACUGCUUUGGCCCCGACGUCAAGAACAUCACCAACAAGUCUGACUGUCUGCAGGCCAACUACAAAUGGGUUCAUCACAAGUACAACUUUGACAACCUGGGACAGGCUCUGAUGUCCCUGUUUGUGCUGGCUUCAAAGGACGGUUGGGUGAACAUCAUGUACCAUGGCCUGGAUGCUGUUGGGGUGGACCAACAGCCAGUGAUCAACAACAGUCCAUGGAUGCUCCUCUACUUCAUCUCCUUCCUCCUCAUCGUCAGUUUCUUCGUUCUGAACAUGUUUGUGGGCGUGGUAGUGGAGAACUUCCACAAGUGCCGUCAGAACCAGGAAGUGGAAGAGGCUAAAAGGAGAGAGGAUAAACGACGGAGACGCAUGGAGAAGAAGAGGAGGGACGCCCAGAAGAUCCCCUACUAUGCCAGCUACAGCUCCCUCCGCCUGUGGAUCCACACUCUGUGUACCACCUACUACCUGGACCUCUUCAUCACCUUCAUCAUCUGUAUCAACGUCAUCACCAUGUCACUGGAACACUACAGCCAGCCACGAUCUCUGGAUCUAGUGUUGAAGUACUGUAACUAUUUCUUCACAUCCACCUUUGUACUGGAGACCCUCCUGAAGCUCACCGCCUUUGGCUUCCGACGCUUCUUUAAGGACAGGUGGAAUCAGUUGGAUCUGGCCAUCGUGUUGCUGUCAGUGAUGGGCAUCACUCUGGAGGAGAUCGACUACAGCGCUUCUCUCCCCAUCAACCCUACCAUCAUACGCAUCAUGAGGGUGUUGAGGAUCGCAAGAGUUCUGAAGCUGCUGAAGAUGGCUAAAGGAAUGAGAGCUCUGCUGGAUACAGUGGUCCAAGCCCUACCACAGGUGGGGAACCUGGGCCUGCUCUUCAUGCUCCUGUUCUUCAUCUAUGCAGCACUGGGGGUUGAGCUGUUUGGAGAACUGGUGUGUAACGAGGACUACCCAUGUGAGGGGAUGAGCCGCCAUGCUACCUUUGAGAACUUUGGCAUGGCCUUCCUCACUCUGUUCCAGGUCUCCACUGGGGACAACUGGAAUGGGAUCAUGAAGGACACGUUGAGGGAGUGCCCUCCGGACUACGGGCCUGACUACUCCUGCAACCCCAGCCUGCAGUUCAUCUCUCCCAUGUACUUUGUGUCCUUUGUGUUGACGGCCCAGUUCGUCCUGAUUAACGUGGUGGUGGCGGUGUUGAUGAAGCACCUGGACGACUCCAACAAGGAGGCCAAGGAGGAGGCGGAGAUGGACGCUGAGAUUGAGCUGGAGCUGGCCACGGGGGCCCUAUGCUGCAUGGGGCCGGAGGGAGUCUGUGCAGGAGGGAAAAAAGGUGGAGGAGGAGGAGUGGAUAGAGGGAUGGGAGUCCCAGGCAGUUCCUCCGGGGGGAAUAUGCAAUAUCACGUGGCAACGACGCAUCCAGGAACACUGCAAGAUCCGAACAAUCGGGAUCCCUACUCUCCUGCACAGGAGAGUCAGUGGCUGGACAGUGUGUCUCUGCUGAUUAAGGACUCAUUUGAAGGAGAGAUGCUGAUGAUUGACAACCUCUCUGGAUCUGUCUUCCAUCACUACUCUUCUACCUCUUCUCCUGUCUGGAAGGACUGUAAGAGCCACCCACAACUAGAGCAGAUCCGGCUGGCAGAGAUAGAGCAGGCAUCUCUGAGGUCAGACCAAAUGUCAGACAAGUCGUCGUCUCCGGCCCUACCUGAUGACCUCAGCCUGGACGACCAGAGUGUCCACCAGCUGCUGGUGCGGGAGGGAAAGGAGGAGAGGGGCAGUGACUCCCAGGGCUCAGAGGAGGCUGGCGGAGGAGGGGACUCCUUGACCCAGGCCCAGACAGGGGGGUCGAGGCACUGCAGGGCCCACAGUUCAGUAGCCGAGGAGGGGGCUCCACUCCUGGUGGAGGUGGGGGUCCAUCAGAGACACAAGACCCCAUCCCACCACAGCCCUGGUGGCACCUCCUGUAGUAGCACUAAGGCAGGAGAAGGAUCAGAUGAGGGAGGAAGAGGAGGAGGAAGAGUAGGAGCGGCCAGUGCCUCUGGUUCUCCUGCUCUUAUCCGUCUGCCAGCGGAGUUCUUCCACCCCGUGGCAGCAGCGGCCCUGCCGGCGCCCCCCAGGGCCAGAGAAGGGCGCCCCUCACGGGGCCUCAGACUCACCUCCCCGGCCUCCUGGUCCUCCCUGCGCUCCCAAGGAGCCAACAGCCGGGUGCUCUGCACGCAGUACCCGUCCCAUAGUGACUCGUCUCUGGCCAAGAGGAGCUCCGAUGGCAGCCUCCAGACCACCCUAGAGGAAGGACUCAGCUUCAGUGUUUCGCCCCCUCAAGACCUGGUGUCCCCCCUCCCUCCUCUUCCCCUGCUCUGCCCCCCGCUCCCUGAGGACCCCACCAGCUGCCCCCCAGGCCAGACUCUGAGACCGCGGCCCAGCCCCUCGUCAGGCCCUGCCCUCACCCUCCAGGCCACUCGGGGCCACCAGCGGAGCCAGAGCAGCGGCAGGGGUAGCAUCAGCCCCGGCUACACCCGGGAAGACUCCAUAGACCCUGUUCCAUGUGACCUGGAGGACCUGGGCAUCGGGAUCAGUUUGUCUAUCGGGGGGUGUGGCUCCAGCCAGGCGGGCAACAGCGAACACUUGUCGGAGACGCUAAGCAGUCUGUCGCUCACAUCGUUGCUCUCACCCGCCUCCCUGGCACCGUCGGGGGUGAAGAAAUGCAACAGCACUGGGAGCUUGAAUCAGGGGGCGAGGAGGGGGGAGGGGAGACAGAUCCUAGGGUUGGAGUUGGACCACCAGGGCUUCCUGGCCAACCCUUGGGGAGAGAGUGGGGGAGGCAGAGGAGAGGAGGGACAGUUGGGAGAGGCACCGGACCUCAAGGGGAAAAGCUCAAGCCAAACAACAGUAGGGUCCUGUAGUAAAAACAGAUGAAGCCUGAAUCCCUUGUUGUCUACUACCGCUCCUAUUAGGAUUCAUCAACCCCUUACUGUUCCUCUCCGUCCCCCUCAGGCAGAGAGAAGUUUGACGUUUUUGACAACGUGUGAUGUAAUCCCGUGAAUUCCUAUAACCAAACCCCUCCCUCUCGCUCUAUAAAUAUUUGUUUAUGACCCCCCCCUGUCCCAUUUUGUGCUACCCUGUGGCAGUGGUUCAGGUGUGGAGGGUCAGAGGUCAAACGGUGGAAGGUUAAACGGGAUUACAGGUGUGACCCCUGUGGUGGGGGUGUGGGGGGCUGGGAUGGACCCCCCAUCAUACCCCUGUGGAGGAGAAGGACCCCCAGAGGAGGAGACAGACCAGGAGGGCUGCAUCAUCAUAUCAGGGAGAUAUACAUAGAAGACGUAGCCAGAGACAAGCUGAGACAGAGAUCUAACGAGAACAUUUUGUCUGAACGUCCUGUUUGUUUUCAUGUUUUGUUCGGCUUCACAGAAGUUUAAAAUGCAAAAAUAGAAUAUCUAACAAAACUGAGCUGAUCAAGCCAACAGAUUUGAUUUAUUUUUCAGUGUGGCUGUAAAUCACAUUGUAGGAGGAGGCUUUAUGUACGUUGCAGUGUAGGAUGAGCCUGAAUGUACGUGACGAUAUAGGAGGGCUGAAGCCAGAUCUGUUGUGGUAGACGGAGGCUACAGGUCCUUGCGUGUGGAGUGGAAGAGGGGUGAGGAGGUCUAGGCUGAACAGAGGUAGUGUAGAGAUCACCUGAGAAGGAGUUGUUAUAGUGGAAGAGCUGAGACUUAGGUAGCAAAAGCAUGCGUUAACUUAUCAUCACCAUCACCUAACCCCUUCCCUCCAUCAGUACUUUUCAGGAAGGAGUGUGUGUGUGUGUGUGUGUGUGUGUGUGUGUGUGUGUGUGUGUGUGUGUGUGUGUGUGUGUGUGUGUGUGUGUGUGUGUGUGUGUGUGUGUGUGUGUGUGUGUGUGUGUGUGUGUGUGUGUGUGUGUGUGUGUGUGUGUGUGUGUGUGUGUGUGUGUGUGUGUGUGUGUGUGUGUGAUAGAACAACAGGAAAAAGAGAGACAGAGAUAGAGACCAUACUAUGAUCCCACUCAUGCAUGCAACAGUUUGUGAAAUAGGCUCUUUUAUCCCAACGUCACUCACUCAGAGAGAAGGACAGGGAGUGAAUGAGAGAGACAGGACAGCCUGCUAUAUUCACUCACAGUAGCAAAUUCUCUCUGUCAAAGACACUGACCCUCCUGAGACAAACAACCUGAGGAGACGAGACGAGCACCAUUCACUCUGGGAGAUGAAAAACUCACACCUGCAUACAGUUGCUUCACAAUGGAAGGUGUGUGAAAUUCAAACCUGUCACUUCUUUCUCUUUGUCACUUUGCCAAAGUAAGAAAGGAAGAAUAUAUCAGAGAUAUGAAUUCCAGACCAAUAGAACCUCCUAGAAGAUGGAGGCAGUUUGCCUGCAUGAUGGAAUUAUUGCAUUUUACCCAAGAGUUUUAAUAUAUAUACCGAAGUGUAUCAAGAUGUCAAUGUUGGGAUGAUAAUUAUAAAGUGGUUUCUAUUCCAAUAUUUUUUUAGAAUACAGAAUAGGAGCGUGACAGUGUUGUCAUGACUUUGUCCUUAACCUAUACCUUACCCGUACGAUUUCUCGUAUAACUUAUUGUCGAAAACCAUUUGUCUGCAGGUGGCUUUCACUUUUAUAAUGUGGGGUUAAAAAUAUAUACUUUUUAUUAUUAAAAGUGUGUGGAGAGAACAACCAAGCAAAAAAAUGUAAAUAAGCUCUGUGUGCUGAAGAAAAAGUUCCCUUGGGGACACGUAACUUUGGGAAUUUCGGUUCCUCCUGGAAUUUUGGAUUUUGGAAUCCCAAAUGAAGACCAAAGGAGGGAAGGGCCAUAAUUUCGCAGCACAGGAGAACAUUUCCUAAUCACAGACAUUCCCGGGACGAACAGGGAGUGUUGUCGCUUAGCUUAGCCUCCUAUGCUAACACCAAGAUGAAAAAACAUUGCUGAUCUUUUUGAAAGCUUUAAUUUGAGUGUCAUACCAAUACAUGAUGACACAUCUAAUUAUUGACACAUCAAUGUUCGUUAGCAUGGUUAUGGGAUUGCAAUAGGAUGCUUCUCCGUUUAAAAGAUACGCAAUUCACUCACCCAGUCUAUCUCUCUCUCUAACACACAUCUGUAGUAGCAAACCCUAGUUUUGAUAUCAAGCUGUCACUGUAACGAUGAAUAAACAUUGCAUCUUUUCCCAACCUUUUGGUAUGCCACUCAGUACAUCUGAGAUGAAGUGGCCAUCUUAGCCUGACCUAGAAUACACUUUUGUAUCCCUGGUGGGUUUUUUUGGAGGGGGGGGGGGUUCUCAUUGAGGUGAUGAGCAAAGUUCGGUUUGAUCUGUUUAAUGAACUUCAUUGACAUUUAAUUGAAUCACUGGUGAUUGUCUUUAACAUGUUUGUAACAUGUGGGAUAUCAGUGAGUGGUUAUUGCUAUGGGUUGUCUGUUACUAUAACUUCAGGAGAUGCCACUUUAUUAUUAUAGUCCACACCUGGACCGUCUUGGUUAAUGGUGGUGGGAAUAGGUAGAAGUUGCCCCUAACCACUGAUACAAGGUCAGAUAUUAGUUCAUCCCCUUAAUCUUUAAGGUUAGAAUAAAGGGUUGGGUAAUCUGAUUCCAGAUCUGUGGUUAGGGGCGACCUCAACCUCCAGGUGUAAAACAUGAGCGUGUGGGUUGACAGGAACCAUAACGUGACCUUGAAGGGCUGUUUUAGCUUCAAAGAUGUUCUCAUAAAUGACCAGAUAAAUCUCUAAGUCAAUGAAUAUGGCAUCAAAGGUAAGCCCAACGGCACAGCAAUAAAUGUUCUUAUGUGUUUGCCCUGAG